AUGAUCAAUUUUCUGCACCAGCGAUAUUUUCCUCGACUUGCCUGGGCGAAAUUGACAUUGAAUCCGCGCAAGACGGCAUUUUUCGUUGACCGGACCAAGAUUCUUGGCCAUGAGUGUUCAAUUACUGGAAUUCGACCAUCUGCGGAUAAAAUUGCGGCAAUUGCGAACUGGACCAGGCCCGUAAACGAGCCCGAGUUGAUGCGGUUUAUUUAUGUGCUUCCAUUCCUUCGCACAUACAUCCCCGGCCGUACGGACCUUGUUCGGAUUCUGAAGAGUGCAGUCAUAUCUGUGGGAAAGGGUCAAAACCGGAGAGUGAUUGACUUCCAAUGGGGCAGAGACCAAGAGCGGGCAUUUCAGCGUAUCAAGUACCAUAUUGCUCGAGUGAAACUCACGGGAGGCGAUCCAACGAUCCAAUAUCACCUUGCCACGGAUGCAUCAGGACAAGGCUUGGGCGGCGUGUUGUUCCAAAUCGCUGACGUUCCUGUCGGAACCCGAGCAUCGCGGGAGACAUCUUCAAAGGAACAGACAGUCAUGUAUAUGUCCUACGCUCUUACAGAUCCAGAGACUCGUUAUCAUACGACAGAGAAAGAAGCCCUGGCAGUCCUCAAGUGCUUGGAAGAAUGUCGGUGGUUAGUUCAAGGAGUUGAGCAUCCGGUGAUCUUGUACACCGAUCAUUUGGCGCUGAAAACCGUGUUUGGAUCUACUUCAGAUGCGACUGGCCGAGUGGCGAGGUGGCUUAUGAGAAUCCAGGAGUAUGACCUGGAUAUUCAGCAUGUCAAGGGAUCAACCCAAGUGGUAGCGGAUGGUUUGUCUCGGCUGCCAACCUGGAGAGCACCCGAUACUGGAGAUGAGGACCCAUUUUCCUUACCAGCUCUGACCCUCAGAAUGCGACCGGAGAAUUCCCUGGAGCUUCAGUGGAAAGCCUUCCCUGUCCUGCAAGAGAUGGAUCGUGGCCUCUUCCGCAGAUAUGAGGAAGAUGAAUGGUGGGGAGAAGUUGUGGACAAACUCCUGCGAGGGGAUACGGACCAGGUUGCAAAAUAUCAUCUUGUUUGUCUCGAUGGCGUGGGCAUCCUUAUGUACCAUGAGCGUCGAGGCCAAUAUGCGCGUUGUGUUCAAAAGUGGGAACUCCGAAAUGUUUUACAAGAACUACAUGAUAUCUGUGGGCAUUUUGCAACCCGAAUCACACUGGGCCGAGCUGUGGGCAAAUAUUUUUGGCCGACGAGGUAUGAGGAUAUUCGAGCUUACUGCCGGAGUUGUCACAGUUGCCAACUCAUUGGCCCGAACCUUCCGGCAGAACGACCCCAUGCAAUCGCAAUAUCGGAACCCAUGCAAUUAUUCUUCAUCGAUUACCUAGGACCGUUCACACCAGUCUCAGACAAUGGUUUCAAAUAUAUUCUCAUCGGAGGGGAAUACAUGAGUCGGUACACGAUCGCAAUGCCAACGAUGGAAGCCAAAGCAAUAACGACAUGGCACUUCAUGUGUGAUCAUGUGGCAAGUUUCUUGGGGUGGCCAGCAAUCAUUUAUUCCGACAAUGGUGACCAUUUUACUGGAUUUCAAUUUGCGGGCCAGCUUGGGCAGUUUGGGGUGAAGCAUAUCCCUGCACCGGUCCGGGCUCCAUGGAGUGUCGGAAUGGCUGAGCGUCUCGUCAAGAUGAUGCUGAAUAUCAUGAGGGCAGAAUCAGCUGGAGAUGUCCAAAUCAUCAGGAAAUGGGAUGAGUUUGUGGGACAAGCUGCUCAGGCUAUCAACACAAGGAAAUCCGGCGUUUAUGGGUACAGUCCCGCUGAGAUACUGCUCGGGUUCAAUCCGCAUUGUUUUGGACAACGUCAUACAGAGAACGAUUUGUUGCGUCAAGCCCUAGAGUCGGACAUUACGGAACGGGGUGACCCUGUUCCACAGGACCUCCAUCAAGCAAUGGAUAUUCAUUCUGAGACCCUCCAUGCUACCCGAGCGAAGAUCAAGAAAAUGCUCGAACAGCGCCAUGAGAAGGGUCAGGAAGAGGGCAAUAGACGAUAUUUCCGGGUUGACGACUUGGUUCUCUUGCGUCGGGUGAUGCUCGACCAAAUCAAGGGUCGCAAGCUCGAAAUCCGAUGGGAUGGGCCAUACCGUGUUGCAAGAGUCCUCGGGGGCCAACGAUCCGUCAUCUUGAAUGAUGUGACCACGGACUUGCGAAUAGGGAAAUAUCAUAUUGACCAUUUGAAACUCUUCGUGCCAAGGACGGAAAAUGUCCAGAGAGAAGCACAGGAGCUAGCGGAAUGGACAAGCCAUCAUAGGCGAUUCUGCCAGGAAGCUCUCGACCGUGAGCUGGCUCGCCGCUGA